AACAUCAGACAUCCACAUUCGUCUGUCUGCGGUCAAACGUCGCGUUCGCGUUUGGAGCUUACGAUUUCUUCUGGGCUGCUUUUACUCAUUGCGAAAAAGAAGGUUAAGUUUUGCAGAAGAAAUUUCAUUGAACAUAAUUACUACUGGAAUUUAGAGGAAAAAUAGAGCGCUACUUGGAAUUUAGGCUUAGUUGAAUACUCGUUAGAAGUAAUGCGACUAAAGUUCGUGGAGCUGUUUCUCGUUAACUAGCGACGAUGUGAAUGGGUGAAAAAUGGCAACAAGGAAAAAUUGUGGCCCCGCAGUAAACGAAUUCGCUUGUGAAAAUAUUCUUGAAUUGAAUCAUUAAAACUGACGUGUAGUUUAGUGGCAAAGUGAAAAAUCGAUCAAGUGAAUCAUAAAACUAGUUUAUCUGACCGGUUCCGGAAGAAGUUUGUUGUGCAAAUCGGGUCUCCUCCCCCGGGGAAAAUCUUCGCGUUGGAUACCAAGUUUCGCGGCCAUCUUUCUCUAGACGCUGCGUACCUACGAUAUACCUAUACGUGUGCAAAGAAAUUUUUAUAGACGUGUGAGUGCUUCGCUACAUUGUGUGCGCGUAGUUACUGGUAGGAUUUUCCGAGGAAAAUCGGAUGUAGGGCAGGCUGCUGCUUCAAGAGAGCAAACGUAAAAUAAAAAAUUUAAGCAGCAAACGUAAAAUAAAAAAUUUAAAUAAACCCCGAAGGUUACUAGCGGGCUGUGUUGAAGUGUUGUACAGUAAAAUCGGUGGAACGCGGUGAGAAGUUGAAAUUUCGGCUAGCUUCUUCGUCAAAACAUGGCAUCCCAGACAACGGCGGCUGUAGCGGCCGCCAGCAUGGAAACCGACGAGUUGGUUGAUCCGAUGAACGAUUUUCUACCGCUGCUGCCGGAGAACAUCAAGCAAGAGUUGUUCGAGAACUCCGACAAGGGCACCGCUAACCCGUGCGAUAGCGCCGAGAACAAGGGUGACGCCCCAGAAACCGCCUCCAAUGACACACCGGUGCCGACCAAGUGCGUCUGGUGUCAGCAGAUCUUAGCGACGACGGAUCACCCGAAACUGCUGGAAUGUUUGCACGUAGCGUGCGAUCCCUGCGUGAAGCAGAAAUUCUCCGACCUGCCCCACAACCAGCCGGUGUUAUUCUGUCCGGUGUGCAAAAUGGAAUCUCGAAUAGAAUUUAUCAUCGACAAUGUGUUCCUGUGCGAAAACACGGCGGACGACAAUCCGGGCAGUGUGGAGUCCACCAAGGAUAUGAUCAAGUGCAGCAGCUGCAGUGACGAUGCAAUCGCCACGUCCUGGUGCGUUGAGUGUGCCGAGUUUAUCUGUGAUAGCUGUGUGCAGGCCCAUCAGCGGCUGAAAAUUACCAAGGAUCACACGAUCAAACCGAAAGAGGCCGCCUGCAGCGAGACGCCCGGCAGCAGUGGGCUGUCCGGGAAAAACAUCAUGUGUCACAUACAUUCACAGGAAAAGCUCUCCCUCUACUGCGAAACAUGCGACCGAUUAACAUGUCGAGACUGCCAGCUUGUGGACCAUCGGGAUCACAAGUACAAGUUCGCCAACGAGAUCGCCAGCGAAACGCGAAACUCCCUGCAAGCUCUACUCAGCGAAAUUAGCUACAAGAAGGUGCUGCUGUCCAGUGCGAUGAAGGUCAUCGACGACCGGCAGGCGCUGAUCACCGAGAAGAAGAAGGAGCUUUCCAAAGAAAUCGCAGAUCUGGUGGUCAAGCUUACCAAUGCGGUGAAUAUGCGUGGCAAGCAGCUGGUUUAUCGGUUAAAUCAGGUGUGUGACACUAAACUCCAAGUACUGAAUGAGAAGAAAGACGCACUACAGCAACUCUCCGGGCACACGGAUCACUGCAUUGAGUUUGUGCAAGGAGCUCUAGAUAAGGGUAGCGACAGUGCUGUGCUAUACAGUAAAAAGACGUUGGCGAGGCAUUUGCAGAAAGUGAAAUGCCAGCGUGCUGAUAUUCCCAAUCCGGAAAUUCCCGUGCGAGUUCAGUUGUUCCUAUCUAACGUACCAGAGCUGCAAAACGUUAUUGCACGAAUUGGUACGAUUCUUGUGGACGGUAAGGUAUACCCACCACCUCCUGGACCAGCUGGUAAUGGAGUACCGCAAGGUCCAUGUGCAGUUCAAAAUCGUAACAAACAGCCGAGCCCCAAUAUAACACCACCGCUCAGGCCCGGUAUGCCGGGUCCUGGCAUGACAACGCUCUCUUCCAAUAAUGCCAAUGGUCCUGGUGGCUUCCCGAAUGUGCCUCCCAUGUAUAAUGGCAACGGUGGUGUCCCUGUAGCAGGUCCGUUUCCGCCAAAUCAUCCUAUGAACCGAACGUUCCAGCAGGAAAACGGCCCUGGUGGAAGCUUUGGGCGGUUUCCAAUGGGUCCUCCGCACGGAAUGCCACCACAGCAACAUGUCAGCUCCUCAACUCAUCCUCAAAAUAUGGAUUUACGUAAUCUAUUGAGUCAUCAAAAGCCGAACGGACCUAGCCGCGGUUCGCCCAACGCUCCCAGUUCAGCAGGCAAUGCUAAUGUUGCUAAUCAAUUUAACACAGCUAAUUUCAUGGGUAAUGUUCCGCCCGGCUCUGGAGGUCCCACUCAGCAUCGGAUGGGUCCCCAGAUGGGAGGCGCUCCUCCGGGUUAUCUCGCUGGUCCAGCUGGUGGUCAUCAGAAUUACAACCAAGGACAACCCGGCCCCAACAGCAGUGGUAUGGGCAUGGGAAGCAACAAUCCGCGAUUCCAAAAUUUCCAAAGAUUCGCUAUGCCUCCGGCUGCUAUGCGGCAUAUGAUGGGAAAUAAUACCUCUACUCUUCUAACACCAAAGCAGCAAGCGGCGAUGCGAUAUCCGGGUCAGCAAACUCCUCCUGGGUACAAUCCAAAUUCACCUCAGCCCGGCCAGAUGCAACCGCAGCAUCCUAGCGCAAGUCCUGGAAGUGGUGCGAGCAGCGGAGCUGGUGGCGGCGGUGCCAAGUGGCAUAUUCCCCAGAACAUGCAAGGCCAGCAAAACAAUGGAUUUGGUGGCCCAUCUGGUCUGCAUCUGUUCGGUAACAGCUUGAAUGAAUCGUUUAAAAUUCCGCUCAAAUCUCCGGAUACGAUGCGAAAUUCGAUGAUGAUGAACGGUGGUGGCGGUGGCAGUGCGGGUGCUGUUCCUGGUGGACCCAACCAACUUUCCAUGCACCAUCAGCAGCAACAGCAGCAGCAGCAACAACAACAACAGCAGCAACAACAUCAACAGCAGCAGCAGCAGCAGAACCAUCACUUACAACAGUUGCAAAAUGCCUUGCCGAACGUGAGCUCUACCAAUCCGAAAACGCCAUCACCAAGCACGAAUGAGCCCGGUAAGGAUUUCGCCGAAUCGAUUGACCGUACGUGUGAAGAUUCGGUGAACGAUCUGAUGGCUACCAUUGCCAAAUUGGACUCGAAUGGCGUUCAGGUGUUACCAGAAGGGCACCGGGGAAAAACGACCUCUCCGCAAGUGCACAGUUCGACCGAUCUCAACAGUAGUAGUUCGGUAGCCGGAGCGGGAGCCGGCGUGCUAGUGGACGACAAAAGUUUGCCCAAGGAGCUGGACCCAAACGAGGACUGGUGCGCCGUUUGCAUGGACGGUGGAGAACUGAUGUGCUGUGAUAAAUGUCCGAAGGUCUUUCAUCAAACGUGUCACAUACCGGUGAUCGAUUCCCUACCGGACGAAAGUGAAACUUGGCAGUGUUUGCUGUGUUAUAAUUUUGCCGAUGUACCCCCGGAACCAACAGGCGAAAAGCGAAACGUUGGAAUUACACCGCUUGAGUUGAAAAUUCUACAGAGGAUUGUGCUGGAGUUGUUCUGCCAGUACGAAACCAGUAUGCCGUUCCGACAUCUGGAACCCGAGACGAACAAAGCGUACUAUGAUAUUGUUUGCAAUCCAAUAUCGUUGUCAAUGAUCCGUGACAAGCUGGAUAUGACUAAUAGUGAUCAUUAUACCGAUAUUCCAUCGUUUAUUUGCGACGUGAAGCGGUUAUUCAACAACGUGUACCUCUUCUACCAGCAUUUCCCCUUGUUACAGGAGGACAGCAUUACCUUCAAGAGCGCCCAGAAGCUGGAAAAGUUCUUCGAGCAGCAGCUGUCCAAGUGGCUACCAAAGUAUCUGGAGAGUGAAAGUCUGGAAGAUUAUCUGCAGAACCCGGCGAAGCGUAUCAAGAGCAUUCAAGAGGAUUAACAAUCAAUUCUGGGCGGCAACAAGUCGCAGUCAGAUCCCGAGCAGCAGCAGCAGUUUUUUCAUCAGCAACAAGAAUUGUCCGUGUCCCAGCAAAAAGAGCAACAGCAGCAGACACAGUCCGCCGGUUACAGUGAGCCAACAGCCAAGGCAGAAAGCGGUACCGCAGAAACUGGUACUGCAGGGGGAGGAGAUGGAACCACGGGAAGCAGUGACGGACGGGAGCAGCAGCAGCAAGACGGGAGGCCUCGUUCAAGGCAGAGAGAAGCGUGUACGCAAGAUACGAAUGGAAGUAGACUGGACACUAUUGCUAUUACCGCCAUCACCGAAGGUCCGAAAGAAACGGAAACCGACGGUUAAGCGCAGGAAGCAACCGCUAGCGGCUGCAGCUCGACAUCGUUUACCUGCGAAAACAAAGCGACAGAAGCGAAGCGAUGACACUGACAAAACUUAGUUGUAUUAUAAAAUAGCUGAGAUGUAGUAAGCAAGAAUGUGACCUGCGCGUGAAUUGCAACUUGUUUUCCAAAAACAAACAUGUAAAUACUAGGUAUAAGGUCUUUAGGGGUUAGUAACGAAAGGCUGAAACUCAAAAGGCUGAAACCCGAAAGGCUGAAACUCGAAAGGCUGAAAAGUAUGUUUCAUAACGAAAGGCUGAAUGCACAAAAGGCUGAAACCACAAAAGGCUAAAUGAACGAAAGGCUGAAACAUGAAAGGCUGAAACUUUUGUAACUUGAAUCAUAAUCGUUGAAAAAUUCGGACACAUGGAUAACAAACCUUUAUAAGGUGACAGAGUUCAAUGUUUGAGUAUUAAUUGGUUUGUGCAAUGGAAAAUCAAUUUUCGGCAACAUUUGAAUCUAUACACACUUGACUCUUGUACACGUUUCCUAGAUGAUUCAGGGCGAGACGGCCAAAGGCCGCGAGUGUGCGCCGGCGACCCGCCGUCGGAAGCGCCGGCCACUGCGGGGGGGCAGCCCCCCCGCAGAAAUCACCUCUGUAUAGGUGCGUUCGUUUUCCUAGGUCUACUGACUCGUAGGGGUGAUCCCCUAGUUUAGUCCGAACGAGCGAUAGCGAGUAAGGACAGCAUACAUCUCGGACAAUCGAGUCGGCCGUAGGCCGCGAGUGUUUUUUUAGAAAUGAACUUUGUGAAUUUCAGCCUUAUGCUUUUUCAGCUUUUCGUGAUUCAGCCUUUCGUGUUUUCAGCCUUAUGUAGCUUUCAGCCUUUCGUGAUUUCAGCCUUUCGGAUUUCAGCCUUCCGUGUUUCAGCCUUUUGAGUUUCAGCCUUUCGUAGUAGACCCGGUCUUUAGACACUGAUUUCACAAGCUUGUGUGAAGCAAAAAGAGAUUUUAAGGGCGCGUUUGAAUAAGGAUGAAAUCUCAAUCGAUCAAAUCAAAGCAAGAUCAAAUCUGGGCUGUUUUGCUGUUAUCCAAGAUUGGCAUGCAACGAACCAAAAUCAAAUCACCGAAGAUUGUUAGAAACGUCAUCGAACAAAAGAAAUGAUCUAUAUUCGAAACGAGCAGUUUUUUGAUUGUUGCUCCAGUCUUGCUUUAUUGAUUAAUUCUAAUUCUCAAUCCAGAUUAUUUAUUGUCUUGCUUAUUUUAGCAGUUAAGGAACAUCAUUUUAGUGUACAGAUAUAUGCGCCCCUCAACACUUUGAUUAACAGUGUACUACGUAUGAUAUCAUAUUUUACGGUAGUUUGCAGAAAGAUAGAAUACUAAACUAUGUAUAGCAGAAAGGGGGAGAGAAAGAAACCGAUACGCAGUUAUUACUAGUAUGACUAAUUAGUGGCUAGGUUGAAAACAUCAGAAGCAAAACAGACACAAACCUUGUAACAACUCACGUAUUGACGUGUCAAACUAUAAGUGGAAUAUUUGAAAUUGGUAGUAAGUAAACCCGAUUUCCAGACUGUAGUGUCAAAUUUUGAAUGUGUAAAAUACAGUCUAGUUUUCUGUUAAUAUUUUUAUUACUCAUCAUGUAAAAAAUCAACUUUGCUCCUAGUAUGUGCGUUGGUUUAUAAGUACCUAUCAGCGCUAUUCUCUAUUUGAAUUUAAAUCCUCUCUAGUGACGGUACUGAAGUAAACAAAACAAUAGAGAGUGACCUGGAUAGUAAGCAUGUUUAGAAACCCUUCCAAUAACGAUAACCAUUGUCAGUCUCAAACAUUCUAUCACUUUGAUUUGUUUUUUGCCUCACAAAUCGACUAAGAGCUUCAAAACAGAACCCAUCCAACUACGUUUUUGUUCUUCCGUAUACGAUAGCUGCUAGUCCAUAAAAAGUUUGAUGAUAACGUAAAACUAUGGUGUCAGAAGCUCUCCAUGACAGCGCCUAGCUAGAAAUGCUCUAUAUAGGUAAAUGUUUUCAACACUGUGGAGCAAAAAAAAAUGAGCAAAAGUAAUAAAAAUACGUCGAUCAAUAUAGAAGUAACUCAAAUUGUAAGAAA